CGCGCAUGUCUGAAUGCGAAGUCAUGCCGGAAAAUGGUGGACAUAGUCAUUGCUGAAGAGAGUUUCCAUUUCUCUUCAGCGUUUUUCGCUGACCUGAGCAUAAAAUGAGUGAAGAGAACGAACCAGACCUCUUUGGAGCAGAUCUCCUGUCAGAAGCCUUAGGACAGAGUGGUCUUAAUCUAGAUGAUUUGUUUGGAAAUCCACCGGGUACAUUUUUGUCCCAGAGCCUACUUGACGUUGCGGAUGUCACACCAGACGAUUUCGAUUUCCUUGAUAAUUUCAAUUUAAACGGAGAUUUCUUUCCAGACUCGCCUUACACGGCAUUGACAAGUUCAAAUAACACCAGGGUAACUUCCAAUAAUAUAAAUGCCCAAAGAAAUGUUCAAGUUUCUCAAGUCCAACAAACUUUCUUGGGGCCACGGCCAACUUUUCCGAACGUUGCUUCAAGUGGAACAGUUUUUCAAACUCCUCAACAACUUCCGCCCAGACUUCAAACUCCGCAGUCUGUUUCAAAGCCUUCCACGGACUCAAAUGUUGCAAGAUUGCAGAGUUCGACAGCUCCGAUUUUACUAGAUUUGUUGAACAGUGGAAGCAGUAACUCAGUGAGCAGCAACUCUCUGAACAAUAUUUCCGACACUACGAUGAAGGAACUCACCAAGAAAGAUGUUUCACGACUGUGGUCAAACCAUGAUGUUAGUUUGAAUGAUGUUGCAGAGAACAAGGAUACUGUUAGUGAGGAAGCUGAAGAUGAAGAAGACGAAGAGGAAGAACUAGGACAAACAGACACGUAUGCAGAAUAUGUUCCCAGUAAAUUGCGCUUAGGACUUCGCCAUCCUGAUCCAGUGGUGGAAACAAGUUCUUUGUCAAGUGUGACACCCCCUGAUAUUUGGUAUCGCCUAAUGCUUCCCAAAGAAGUUAUAGACAACUGUUACUUAUCUGCUCUACAACUGGAAGCUGUUGUGUAUGCUUGCCAACAACACGAGACAUUCUUGGCAGAUGGGACGAGAGCUGGCUUUCUGAUAGGUGAUGGUGCAGGCGUUGGAAAGGGAAGAACAGUAGCAGGAGUCAUUUAUGAAAACUAUUUGCUUGGAAGGAAAAGGGCCAUUUGGUUAAGUGUAUCAAAUGAUUUAAGAUAUGAUGCUGACAGGGAUCUGAAAGACCUUGGAUGUCACAUCCAUGUGCGCCCUCUUAAAAAGUUCAAAUAUGAUAACAAAAUUUCAUCCAAAGUGAAUGGCAGCGUUAAAAAGGGUGUAAUAUUCUCUACCUACUCAUCCCUGAUUGGAGAGAGUCAAGGCUCUGGCAAGUACAAUACAAGAAUGAGCCAGCUACUGCAGUGGUGUGGCUCGGACUUUGAAGGAGUGAUAGUGUUAGAUGAGUGCCACAAGGCCAAAAACUUGGUACCAACUGGCUCCUCAAAGCCAACCAAAACUGGAUUAGCUGUCUUGGCACUUCAGAGCAAACUUCCUAAAGCCAGGGUAAUCUACUGUAGUGCAACAGGUGCUUCUGAACCUAAGAACAUGGCAUAUAUGUCACGCCUCGGAAUAUGGGGACCAGGAACACCUUUCAGAGAAUUCAAUGACUUCAUUCAAGCUGUGGAAAGAAGAGGAGUUGGUGCAAUGGAGAUUGUAGCUAUGGAAAUGAAGCUCCGUGGCAUGUACAUGACACGCCAACUUAGCUUUGCUGGAGUAACCUUUGACAUUAAAGAAUUACCACUUGCCAGAGACUUCAUUGAGAUGUAUGAUGCAUCAGUCAAACUUUGGAGAGAAGCAAGAGAGAAGUUUGAAAAAGCAGCAGAUCUCAUGGAAGCUGAUAGUAGAGUAAAGAAGACCAUUUGGGGUCAGUUUUGGUCUGCUCAUCAGAGAUUUUUUAAAUACCUGUGUAUUGCAUCCAAAGUGAGGAAUGUGGUUAGCAUCGCCAGAGAUGCCCUUCGUGCUGGAAAGUGUGUCAUUGUAGGUUUGCAGUCAACAGGAGAAGCAAGAACACUGGAGCAGCUUGAAGAGUCAGGGGGGGAACUAAGUGACUUUGUUUCAACUGCCAAAGGUGUAUUACAAGCCUUGAUCGAAAAGCAUUUCCCAGCAGCAGACAGAAGAAAAGUUGCUGACAUGUUUGGCAUUGAGAGUGAUGCCAAUGACAAAUUUUUCAACCGAUCUUCCUCCCCAGCACCUGGUCAACUCACCCCGCGAAAGAGAAAACAGAAAGUUUCCAAGCCACCAAAGCCAAAGAGAACUAAAACUGCACUUGAGAGGCUUUGGAACUUGAGUAGUGGUUCUGAUAGUGAAUCAGACGAAAGUCAGAAGAGUAACGGUGAGAAUGAAUUGUUCAAUGCUCAUAAAAACAAUGCCAAGAAUGAUGGUGCAGCAGAGUCUGGCAACAGCUCAGUAGCAGAAGAUGAGGAUGACUUUAAUCCAUUUGGUGUGUCAGGAUCAGAUGAUGAAGACCCAUGGCUGCAUCGAAAGUCUCGGAAGUCUUCAAAAAACAAAUCGCAGAUUGGGAGUCCUGAUCCAUAUUACAAUGCUCUGGCUGCGGCUGGGCUUAAAGUUGGUGGCCUACCAUGGAACACACCUGGACAGAGAACGAAACGGCCCAAUGGGCUGGAAACCCAGCAUUCGUGGAACCCACCUGGUGGACUGAAGACUUUACAUCACUCUGCAAGUGCUCCAGCUUUUUCCAGUUUAACUUCAGCAAAUAGCCCUGGACCACUUGCAAACUCUGCUGCAGACACGUGCAGAGCUAUGAAAAGAGAGUUGCUCGAUAAGCUUGAUAUCCUGUCCAGAUGUCUUCCUCCAAACACUUUAGAUGAACUAAUAGAUGACCUUGGAGGACCAGACAAUGUUGCAGAGAUGACCGGAAGAAAAGGUCGUGUGGUUAGUAAUGAAGAUGGAACUGUAAGCUACCAGUCGAGAAGCAAACAAGAUGUGCCUUUGGAAAUUAUUAACGUUGUUGAAAAAAAUAGAUUUAUGGAUGGAGAGAAGAGCAUCGCGAUUAUCUCAGAAGCUGCCAGCUCAGGCAUUUCUCUACAGGCAGACAGGAGAGCCAAGAAUCAACGAAGACGCGUUCACAUUACUCUUGAACUACCUUGGAGUGCAGACAAAGCCAUUCAACAGUUUGGUCGAUCUCACCGGUCCAAUCAAGUUAGUGCUCCUGAGUACCUGUUUUUAAUAUCUGAACUGGCUGGAGAAAGGCGCUUUGCUUCCAUUGUAGCCAAAAGACUAGAGAGUUUGGGCGCUCUUACUCACGGAGAUCGACGAGCCACAGAGUCACAAGAUUUAAGCAGAUACAAUAUUGACAACAAGUAUGGCAGAGCUGCUUUGGAGGCUGUUUUGAAAGCCGUCACUGGCCAGAGUCCACCAAUGAUUCCACCACCACAAGAAUACAAAGGAGAGUUUUUUCAAGAUGUACGUACAGCACUGGUCGGUGUGGGCCUUGUAGUCAAAGAUGACAAGAAUAAUGUGACCAUUUUAGAUAAAGAUUUCACAAACAUUUCAAGGUUUUUAAAUCGAAUUCUUGGUGUUGAAGUUGAGCUUCAAAACCUCCUGUUCGCAUACUUCAUGAAAACGCUGUCUGUGGUGGUACAACAAGCCAAGAGAAGUGGACGGUGGGAUGAAGGAAUUCUUGACCUCGGUGCUCAUGGUGAAGCCGUGACUAACUUGAGUGUACAAACAUUUGCUGGUAAUUCAACCAUGGGUACAGCUACCACUGAGUUACACACAAUAAGCGUGGAGCGGGGAAUGUCUUGGGAAGAAUCAUUUGAACUACGGCGGUCUCAGUUACACCAAGAUGAUGGUUAUUAUCUUUCUAACCAGGUGCGAAAUCACAAGAAAAUUGCAAUCUUGGUCAUGUGCCAGUCUCGAAGCAAGAAGAAGGAUGUGAUAAAUGUAUACAGACCAAACACUGGCCUACAAACAAAACAAGACACACUGGAAGACGUCAAGAAAAAGUACAAAAAGGUACCAGACUUUGAAGCUCAGAGUAGUUGGGUAGACCAGUACGAAUCAGCUCUCAAUCAGUGCAAUCACGCUUAUUGGAAAGGUAACUGUAAACGAAUGACUCUUGGUCUGAGUUGUGAGGUUGGUCGGCGGCAGCGCACGUACCACAUCCUGAGCGGAUCAGUACUGAGUGUUUGGAGUAAAGUGGAGAGCAUCUUAGCUGGUCAGUCUGGUGCAAACUCAAAAAUACAAAUUAUUCGCUGCAGAAAGAGCGAUGGAUCUAGAAUAGUUGGUUGCCUUAUUCCAAGUAACUGUGUUCCUGCAUUAACUAGAGCGCUUACUCCCGAUACUCAGCAGGAACCAAUUUUAAUCAUGUAAAGAAAAACCUGACCUGCUCCAAGCGUCCAGUUCAGAAAACAACGGCGCGUUUGAACCAAUUGAGUGACGCAAAAUGAAGCCAGCAAAAAGAGGAGUGGACUGGGUACUAUUUUGUGCUGCUUUUCAUCGCGGCUUUGUAUACCAACUGUUCGCUUGGAACAGGCGAAGAAAAGCUUCUAUUUUGGCAUACGGAAUCAAAAAUUUGUGUUGUAAAAAGUGUACAGAUAAAUUUAAGAUUAAAUACGUUAAAUUAUUUAAGCGGUAUUUUAAACCGCAUGUGCUUACAAGCGAAAUUGUUAAAAAUCACGAUAAGCAAACGCUUAUCUGUUUGUUCUUCAGGUAAGAGUGAUCGUCAUUUCAAACCUCUGGAGCAAUUUUUCAAUUGAGUGUCGAUCCCAAUCCGGGACUGCUUUGAUUUUACUUUUGCUGCGUGAUUGGUACAUCUAGAAAUCGUGCCUUUCUCUCGACCAAUCAGAUGUAAGACUGAAACAGCUACUUAGUAUAGCCUCGUUUCCGGCGCUUUAACCAGAAAUGAAUUUUCUUUAAAUUCUGGAUUGGUUCUUCGUGGUAUAAUUACUUUGCUUUGGUUUUACGACACUCAGUUAAAAGGCUCUCACUAAAAGCAUGAAUUAAUUAGAUAGAACUGUGUAUCUGAGUUUGCGAAGGAAGCUUCUUGAUAGAGGCAAUUUUCUAUGGACAUUCUGCACCUUGACUUCUUUAUUUGUAAAUUAUUUGGUAGGUUAUGUUCCUCGUACAAGACGCACAGAAAGAUUUUGCCCAAUAUACAUAUUUGCUUUCGCGUAAAAGGGGGGGUACCCAUCAGUAUUUGUUAUUUGGUGGACAGGUUUUUUACUUUAAUUUUUCGCCUUAUUAGCCCAGUGCGUAAUGCUGGUCUUUACCGUAGGUAUUAUAAAAAUGAUGAGUGCGAACGAGGCCACUCUUCUCAGAAUUUUGAUCACUGACGCAUAAUCGCAACUUUGAAAACAUGUCUUUACCCAAUUUGUACCAUUAGGAUCAGAGUUUCGGCCAUCCUUCCUCAUUCUUCCCUUGUGAUUGUUUUAUUAGCCUGCAGAACAGGUAUCAUUUUAUGUUUUUCAGGCGAGUGCGAGUCGGGCGCGAGGAAAAUGCGAGGAGUUAGUCACUUGCAAAUACAGGAGCAUGUUUUCGCGCUCGCGUCGUGUUUGCCUCCGCUCGCUUGAAAAAAGGAAAUAGCGAUGCCUGUUACGUAUGCUAGUUUUUUUGUCUUCUUUUCUGAUGAUUUUGUCCUACCGAGCUUUUCAAUAACAUGUGAACUGUGGAGUUUAGGGAUCCAUCAUUGAAAAUGCGUUUUACGUGAAGACAUGAUCAAGCUCCUUAGUUGUGAUUGAAGGAUUUCCAUCCAUUUUGUUCCUCUUUGUUUUUCGAUGCCCCUUAUGCUGAAGAUUGACGGCAACAUGAACUUUGCAGUCCGCAUGUUAUUAAAAGGCGCGGUAAUGUACUCUGUCAAUAAAAAUUGCUACCGUUUUAUGGUUAGUGAUGCCAUCAGAUGGCAUAUUUACAGCUUUGGCUCGUUGCUUUAGAAGUGAGUAAGUCAAGGUGAAGAGAUGUUUGUCUCAUUCAGCGUAUUACUUUAAUUUACAGACGUGUAUUUCCUUUUAUUAAGAAAAUGAAGCAUUUGAUGUUAGGAAAGUAAGAAGUACCGCUGAUUACGGUACUUAAUUAGACACCGAGGAACCAGCUCUGUGCUAUAAACGCAGUUUUUAAUACAAUUGCAAUGACA